AUGCGACCUGAGUACAAACUCAUGGUGCGACGGCGUGACUUCAGGAACCUGGCCGAGAUGGUUGAGUUGGCCGAAGAUUAUGAGGCUUAUAUGCGCGAGAAGGCAGCCUUCCGACCUCCUCCUUCUCCGAACGUAGCGCUGGUUUUGGAAACCGCCUACACGCCCAAAAAGAAGGUGGAGAAGCGCUCCGAAACUGCCGCAGUCGAGAAGCGGAGUUUCGAGAGACCAUCUCCGGCAGCUGAGUCGCUUGGGCGGGUGGCUUCGAAGUUGGAUCGGGUCCACGGUCAACGGUCCGUGACAGCAGCUAGAGCGCCUGAGGGUCCAAAGGGGACGGUGAAAUGUUUUAGGUGCCAGGAGAUUGUUAACCUGGUUGGGCGAGAAGUCGCCGAUCAUCUUCAACGCCAGGGGGUUGAACCUUUUAAGAAACCCUCUCCUCUAAGGAUGGCAGAUGGGUCACGGUCUAGAGCCGAGUAUUCAUUCCGAUUGGCAGGAGAAGCUGCGGGAAGACGGUGGGUUGGAGACGCCUUGUACGUUCCCACUCUUACUACGGAUAUGAUUUUGGGUAUGGAUGUCAUACGAGAUCUCAGACUUGUGACGGUCGUGACGGAGGUGAUAAGAAUGGGCGUGGGUGAUGACUGUUCUGGUCAAGUGGGCCGCAUAGACAGUGUCAGAAUUGGUGACGAAGACCCCAAAGGCCCUUGCAAUGGAAAUCCCCGUCUGGUUGCUGAUGCCAAAUCAUUCAGCACCAUGUUGGCUGGUAAGUAUCCUGAUCAAGAAAUCCACGAAUGGAUAUCAAUAGGAGGAUCCAGGAGGAGACACAUGGGGCUCAUAGAAGAAACUCCAGAAGUACUCCCCUGUGGCCAGACUCCUGGCCUGUCGCCUGGUCAGUCAAAGUUGUGCCACCUCUACCAAGACCACAUGCCCGGGGUCGGCCGAGGGGCGAGGGCCGGCAUCGACGAAUGUCAAUACCAGUUCAGGCAUCGUCGUUGGAACUGUUCAAUCGUCCAUGACUCAACAGUGUUCGGACCUGUUGUGAAAAUAGGCAGCAGAGAGGCGGCGUUCACUCACGCCAUUGCCGCUGCCGGAGUUGUCCACAGCAUCUCCCGCGCCUGCAGGGAUGGUCAGCUGGGCUCCUGCGGGUGCUCCAGGUCUGGACGUCCGAGGGAUCUACACCGGGAGUGGAUCUGGGGAGGAUGCGGGGACAACCUGGAGUACGGGUACAAGUUCACACAAGGGUUUGUGGACGUGAGGGAAAGAGAGAGGACGUUCAGAAGAGGUUCAAGAGAACAAGGCAGAGCGCUCAUGAACCUUCACAACAACGAGGCAGGCAGAAGGGCAGUGAUAAAAACCUCGAGAGUAACUUGCAAAUGCCACGGAGUCUCUGGAUCGUGCAGUCUUAUCACUUGCUGGCAGCAACUGCCUUCAUUCCGACAAAUUGGAGACUAUUUAAAGGAUAAGUACGACGGAGCCACGGAAGUAAGGGCGACAAGACGAGGCAAGCUGCAGAUCAAGGACCCUCAGUUCAACAUCCCUACAGCCAACGAUCUCGUAUACUUAGAGGAGUCACCAAACUACUGCAUACGCAACCUCACUCUGGGGUCUCUUGGUACACAAGGUAGAGUGUGCAACAGGACGUCUCACGGCAUGGACGGAUGCAGUCUCAUGUGUUGUGGCCGAGGCUAUAACACGCAGAAGAUUACCAUCAAGGAGCGAUGUCAUUGCAAGUUCCACUGGUGUUGUUUUGUGGACUGCAAAACUUGUGUGAGGACUGUAGACAUCCAUACAUGCAAGUAGACGGAAAAACAACGCAGGAGGUUUUCCAUUAUACUUCAAAAUUGGAAAAGGUUGAAAUAUUUUGAUAGGCAUAAAAUUUUAGGUGCAAUUAGUUUUGGCUCAUAAAUACAUGGAGCCAUCAUCAGGAACAAUGGUCAUCACAUGCCAUCAUCCUUGUGCCUGAU